AUGACCAGGUGCACCCUGGGUAACCAGGCCACCAGGCCUCAGGUCCUGGUUCCUCUGAACCGGUUGGUUCCUCUUGGCCUGUUGGUUCCUCUUGGCCUGUUGGUUCCUCUGGCCCUGCUGGUUCCUCUGACCCGGUUGGUUCUUCUGGCCCUGUUGGUUCCUCUGAACCGGUUAGAUCCUCUGGCCCUGCUGGUUCCUCUGGCCCUGUUGGUUCUUCUGACCCGGUUGGAUCCUCUGGCCCGGCUGGUUCCUCUGGCCCGGCUGGUUCCUCUGACCCGGUUGGUUCUUCUGGCCCUGUUGGUUCCACUUGGCCUGUUGGUUCCACUUGGCCUGUUGGUUCCUCUGGCCCUGUUGGUUCCUCUUGGCCUGUUGGAUCCUCUGACCCGGUUGGUUCCUCUUGGCCUGUUGGUUCCUCGUGGCCUGUUGGCUCCUCUUGGCCUGUUGGUUCCUCUGACCCGGCUUUAUCCUCUUGGCCUGUUGGUUCCUCUGACCCGGUUGGUUCUUCUGGCCCUGCUGGUUCUUCUGGCCCUGUUGGUUCCUCUGGCCCUGUUGGUUCCUCUUGGCCUGUUGGUUCCUCUUGGCCUGUUGGUUCCUCUUGGCCUGUUGGCUCCUCUUGGCCUGUUGGUUCCCCUUGGCCUGUUGGACCAGGCCACAGAUCCAACCGGGUCAGAGGAACCAACAGGGCCAGAGGAACCAGCAGGGCCAGAGGAACCAACCGGUUCAGAGGAACCAACAGGGCCAGAGGAACCAGCCGGGGCAGAGGAACCAACAGGCCAAGAGGAACCAAAAGGCCAAGAGGAACCAGCCGGGCCAGAGGAUCCAACCGGGUCAGAGGAACCAACAGGCCAAGAGGAACCAACAGGCCAAGUGGAACCAACCGGGUCAGAGGAACCAGCCGGGCCAGAUAAUCCAACCGGGCCAGAGAAACCAACAGGGCCAGAGGAACCAAUAGGCCAAGAGGAACCAACAGGCCAAGAGGAACCAACAGGCCAAGUGGAACCAGCUGGGCCAGAGGAUCCAACCGGGUCAGAGGAACCAACAGGCCAGCAGGGCCAGAGGAUCCAACGGGGCCAGUGGAACCAGCAGGGCCAGAGGAACCAACAGGCCAAGAGGAACCAGCCGGGCCAGAGGAUCCAACCGGGUCAGAGGAACCAACAGGGACAGAGAAACCAGCAGGGCCAGAGGAACCAACCGGGCCAGAGGAACCAACCGGGUCAGAGGAACCAGCCCGGCCAGAGGAUCCAACCGGGCCAAGAGGAACCAACCGGGUCAGAGGCCCCACAGGGCCAGAGGAACCAGCAGGGCCAGAGGAACCAACAGGCCAAGAGGAACCAGCUGGGCCAGAGGAUCCAACCGGUCAAAAGCCCAUGUUCUUGGAGCGGGAAAUCGGUGGACCCUCUUCAAAAGUAG